AUGUUUAAAAAAUACGAUUUGAAAUUUUCUAAUUUACUCUCUGAUUCUAAGACAUUUAGCGGUGUAUCUAAAACAAUCCAGAAUGAAUUGAUAGAAUCAAUUAGUCACAUUUUGAGUAACGUUAUUGAAUCUGAUAUUCCGGAAACCAUUUGCUUUUCACCAGAAGUCGAUGAAACUACCGACAUAUCAUGUCAUUCACAAUAA